GUUGCCUAGCAAGUUUUACAUCCACGGUGCAAAGUUUGGAGACGUGUUGCUCGGCUUCUGCGGACUGCGCUCUACACUACAAACUACAAAGCUACUAUUUAAAAACACAUUUUCCCCAGCGAGGUCCUAGUGGCAACACUGACGGUGCAAGAUGUCGGUCGCAGGACUUAGGAAGCAAUUUAACAAAGCGAGUCAGAUGGUGAGUGAGAAGGUUGGAGGUGCAGAGGGAACCAAACUGGAUGAAGACUUCAGGGACCUCGAGAGGAAAGCAGAUAUUACCAGCAAAGCAGUGAUGGAAGUCAUCAAUAAAACCUCAGAGUACCUCCAGCCCAACCCAGCAACGAGAGCUAAGCUUACCAUGCUCAACACUGUGUCCAAAAUCCGGGGGCAGGUCAAGAGUCCGGGCUACCCCCAGCCUGAGGGCCUCCUGGGCGAGUGCAUGACUAAGUAUGGACGAGAUAUGGGCGAGGACACUAAUUUUGGUGGCGCUCUAAUGGACUUCGGGGAGUCAAUGAAGAGGAUGGCCGAGGUCAAAGACUGUCUGGAUAUUGAUGUGAAGCAGAACUUUAUUGACCCGCUGCAGGCAGUCGCUGAGAAGGACAUCAGAGACAUUCAGCACCACCUGAAGAAGUUGGAGGGCCGCCGUCUCGACUAUGAUUAUAAAAAGAAACGUCAAGGUAAAAUCCAAAAUGAAGAGAUCAGGCAGGCCCUGGAGAAGUUCCACGAGUCCAAAGAGAUGGCUGAAAGCUCCAUGCACAACCUGCUGGAAACAGAUGUGGAGCAGGUGAGUCAGCUGUCUUCUUUUGUGGAGUCUCUGCUGCAGUACCACAGACAGGCCGCGCAGGUCCUCGAGGAUCUCUCUGACAAACUGAGAAAAAGGGUGACCGAAGCUCAAUCUCGUCCAAGGCGUGAAUACCAACCCAAACCCAGACCAUCCUAUGACUAUGGAGAUGUAGAACACUCUAAUGGAGGAUACUCACCAGCUGCAACAUCGCCUCCAGCCUACUCUGCUGCACCCCCAGUGCAAUAUCCAGGUCCAUCCUUCCAAAGAACCUCCAUCAAGAACAGACCGCCUGAGCCGUGCUGUAAAGCCCUGUACGACUUUGAGCCAGAGAACGACGGAGAGCUGGGCUUCCAGGAGGGUGAAAUCAUCACCUUGAUCAGUCGGAUCGAUGAGAACUGGUAUGAGGGAUCCAUUCGCGGCAGAUCAGGACACUUCCCUAAUAACUAUGUUGAAGUGAUGGUGCCUCUGCCACACUGAAAACAACAAGGCGAGAGGGGAGCGGUAGGCUGGAGAGUAUGUAAAGAGGGGUUGGUAGCCGAUUAUCAGCUCUCAGUAACCAAAACAUAUCUUUUCUUUAUUGCAAUUAAAGGGUAAACAUGUCAAGACAGGGACCUAGGAUGUAUUUGAGUAAAGAGCUUUCUUUAAAAUUCUGUCAGUUUAUGUCAAGAUAUUAAUGGACAGAUAGAUGUUCAGUCAGAAAAAUGAAGGCAUGAUGUUUGGGUGCACUUACAAUUUGCCAAGUUUUUACAUUCAUUCUCUAUGCACCUGUGCACUUUGUACACUACACCCCCACCACCGGAACUAAUGAAGAUAGAUCGAUAGAGAGUGACAUCUGUAAAAUGUGUCCAGCAGUAUCCGCUGACACUAAGAAGUGCAACUACUUUAUUCUUAAUAUUUUAUAUAUUCACAAGAUGACAUCUCUUCUUCUAUUUAUUGUUCAGAUUGGUACUACACACAUGCAUGUAAACGAACGCGUUCUUCCAAACGCUGGUUUCUACACUCCCAGUUUCACUCCUGUGCCUUCAGGCUUUAGUACUGUUGUCAUCGUGGACUAACUGGCGUCACCAUGGAGGACUGACUGCCUUCUGUAAAUGUUUGAUACUAUCCUCCACUGCCACCUGGUGGUCCUGGAGAUCAUUCAUGACUGUUGGUCUGAGUGGCUCUGUUGUAUGGCCUCUUUUAUCUCUUAGCUGAAUCCACAUCAGGUGGCUUGACAAGUGCUUCAUUGUGGGAUUUUUUCUUUCAAAUAAUUAUAGAACUUCAAUAAUAGCUGGAGCUUGUCAGUAAGUGACAUUGACUGACUGUUGUAUUAAAGGGACAGUUGACCUGAAAUCAAAAAUAGAUAAUUUUUCUCUUACCUGUAGUGUUAUUGAUCAGUCUCGAUUGUUUUGUUGUAAGUGUCAGAGUUUUGGAGAUAUUAGCCGUAGUGAUUGUCUCUCCAAUGUAAUGGAACUGGAUGGCGCUCAGCUUGUGGUGCUCAAAGCACCAAAAACACAUUUGGAAAAACUCAGCAGCAAUGUUUCUUUCCAGAGAUCACAACCCGUUAACUGAUGAAAAUCUGCAGACCGUGUUGUGAGCAGUUUUACAUAGUAACUAUGCUUUUAUACUGAAGUAAGUGCAUCUGCUCAUGGUUGAGAGGCUCGUGUAUGAGAUGUUCAUAUUAAUGGCAUCCUCUUUGGCUGAGCUGUAACGUUAAUUCAGUGGUGGUAGCUGAGCUAUCUGUAAAUUCAUGCUUUCUUCUGUGUAGUGAUUCUUUUGGUAGGAGUUUGGUAGAGAAAAUAGUUCCUACAUGAAACUGCUCACAACAAGGACUGUGGGUAACUGGGUCAUAAUUUAUUGAAAGAGACAUGCUUUUUUUGUACUUUGAACACCACAAGUCAAGUGUCAUCUAGUUCUGUUACAUUGGAGAAAAAGCACACAGCAGAUCUACAGCAGAUAUCGCCAACACUCAGCCACUCACACCAGAACAGAUCAUCUAGAUUGAUCAAUAGCACGUUCCCUUUAAAUUUUCAUUCAUUUUUACACCACCGGUGAUCAGAAUGCUCAGUUUUACAAACAGCCGUUUAAAAGCCAAAGAAAGUUGUUUUGUAGUUGAUUCUAAAGAGCUGCAGGGUGUCCGUAAAUAUGUUCAGUUUAUAACCUUUAUUACACUAAUUGUCCUACGUUGUCAAUUAUUUAAUUCACCUACAGCUCUUCCAAUGUUUCUCACUGCACUCCACUCUCUUCUCUUAGAAGAGAGGUUGCACAGGUUCCACGUUGGACACUGUUUGUCAAUAAAAGGAAACAUGUCGUGCAGCCUCAUACACACAAUGCUGCAAAAUGAAGUUAAAGUGUUUGAGAUGAUCAUAUGCAAGCAUCGUCUUUUCCAUUUUAUUUACUUCACAUUUUAUGAAGAAAAACAUUUUGGUUUGAUUAGAUUGCAACCUGAAGCUAUCCUCACCUCCACUCCAAAUAUGUUUCAACACUAUACUAAAGCCAUAAGCAUCCUUUUUUAUUUUCUCAGGCUGUGUUGAUACUGCUGGCAGUGUCGCUCACAAUGUUUUGUGGGCUUUUACCCAGUUGUUUGUCUAUUAAUGUUCAGUCUGUGA